AGUCGACGCCUCUGGCCGCUGACUGCAGGAGCUACGGGUAGCCACCAGCAGCUGCUCCCGCUGACACCGCUGCUGACACGGACAUGUCUCGCCUGCUGACCGCGGUGGCGUGUGCUGCGGCGCUGUUGGGUUGCACACCCGGGGCGUGGGCCGGCCUCUGCCUGCUGAGGGACCUGCCGCUCGAGCCGGCCGCCUUCUCGGUGCAGGCGUGCGGCCGCUGCUACAACUACUCUCUGCCACACGCCUUCCGGGGCCGGCGCUGGCCGCUCCUGGCUGUGCCCGGGGACCCGGGGACACUCGUCCUCCAGCGCGGAAACCUUACCGAGGUGGUGGAGAGCCGCGACCAGCUGCGGCGGCUGGUGUGGGACAGCUUCAGGGAGGAGCAGCUGGCCAGCAGGUGGCUCUCCUGCUGCGACGAGGCCGACCGCUGCUGCGCCCUCAUGGCCAACUCCUCCGGCCAGCCAUCGCCAGAUCGGUGUCCGCUGUCAUGGGAUGGGUGGACCUGCUGGCCUGAAGCCCCAGCGCCAUCUGAGCAGCAUCUGCCGUGCCCUCCACAGACCACCGUCAGCUCACAGCUGCCGCACUGCCCACAGCUGUCCCGCAGAGAGUGCCUGGCUGACGGCUCGUGGCGGCUGCCCACCGACUACUCGCCCUGCAGCCGGCUGCCUGGUGUGGUGCGCCGCCUCUGGGUCACCGUGGCAGCCCAGGCUGUGUCUGCUGCCUGCCUGGCGCCCGCCAUCCUGCUCUUCUCCUCCUAUGGGCAGUUGCAGAGCCACCGCGUUUCGCUGCACAAGCACUUUUUCAGCUCACUGCUGCUCUACUCGUUGUUCGAGAUCGCCUUCACCCUGGCCGUCAUGCUGCCGUCCCGUUACCAGGACGUGUGGCUGUGCAACGUGCUACUGCUGACCACCAAGUACUGGCGCUGCAGCAACUACCUGUGGAUGUUCUGCGAGGGCUUCUACCUGCACCGCCUGCUCGCCGCCGCCUUCAAGCCCGAGAGGUCGCUCAUCGUCUUCUACGUCAUCGGCUGGGGUGUGCCGCUGCUGCCAGUGUCUGUGUACGCCCUGCUGCGCCACCUGCUGGCCCAGGGGGAGCCGGCCAGCUGCUGGGUGGAGCCCCACCACAUGGUCGAGUGGGUCCUCUACGUGCCCAGCCUGGUCAGCCUGCUGGUGAACUCUGUGUUCCUGGCACACAUCGUGUGCAUCCUGGUGAGCAAGUUGCGAGCCAACCACUGCCGGGAGCCCAGCUUCUUCAGGAAGGCGGUGCGGGGGACGCUGGCACUGCUGCCGCUGUUCGGCCUGAACCUGCUGGUGUCCCUCUACCGGAUGCCCAACCCGUCCUGCACCUGGGAGCUGCUCUACGCCUACUUCGGGCUGCUGCUCGAUGGACUACAGGGGGCCUUCGUCGCUAUCAGCUUCUGCUUCCUAAAUAGAGAGGUCCACAGCGCAGUGAGGCGGUCUUACAACCUGCUGUCGGACAAGUACCGCGGAGGUGGAGCUCGCUCGCAUUCCCGGAGCAGCGAAAGUUGUGGAGCUGCCCACACAACGCUGGCGAGUAUCGAUGGCUUCUGACAGCUGCAGAGGGCCUGCUGCUGUCUGCCACGGGCAUAGCCGCCACCUGCUGUCUGCCUCGGGGUAGCCAAAAUCUGCUGUCUGCUACUGCAGUGGUAGCCGACACCUGUUGUCUGCCACAGCUGUGGUCAUCAGCUGCUACCUGCCAACAUAGCAGUAGCUGCCACCUGCUGUCAUACAAGGCGCAGUGACAUCUGCAGCAUCCAUCUCACCUGGUGACGUGGAUCUCCUGAGACUACAGUGUUGCUAAUCUUCUUUCUGCCACGUGAGUUCAGCGUCACCUGCUGUCUCAUGGCAGCUCAACAGUAACUGGGUGUGCUGCAAACACCGAACUGAUUGUGUGCACCUGUGGACAUGCUGUCACCAUUGUGGAGAACGUGUGGUAUUCAUCAUACUUUGUCUCCAAAGUAGUCAUCAGCAACAGUGGUACACUUAUGGCACACAUGCAUUCUGCUUUAGUGUGCUCACUGCAGCCCACCAUGGUGAUAGACAACUACCAGUUGCCUCAUAAGAACAGUUAGUAUUGGUAGAAUCAGGUGAGGCUACUGUCUUGGUGGAGAAGAACCACCUGCUGUCUCAAAAGGGCCAAUAGCAGCGAUUCCACUGCACAUAAUACAAUGGCCAGCAUGAAGUCUAAUAUUACACCCAACGCUCUGUAACAAAGAUGUAGUUCUCACCUGCUGUCCUCGUAGCACUACACAAUAUCUCAAAAUAUCUGAAAGGGCAUUUGCGACCCCUGUGAAAUGUGUACCACUGACUCUGAAGCACACAAAGGCCGAAGUGCUGUUUUACAAAUUUGUAAUACUAACAGUGGUGCAGAUGCCAACACUGCAGAUUCCAAGGGUUUCUGUGACUACUCAAACGUUCUGCAGACUGAAUUUUUAUCAUCUUUUGCUUCAUUCUAGCUUAAGCCAUCACCUGUUGAAGUGGUUUAAUUAUUUCUGCUAUAUCAUGCUCUGCCUAGUGGACAGUUGCCUCCUGCCUUCUUAUGACAAACUUCAUCCCGUUGCAGUAAAUCAUAAACUGGCAUUAGAGCUUCUCGUUAUGAAGUAUACUAACUGCAGCGUGCUACAUGGAUAGCCAUCAUCUGAUGUGUGAUAGUGUUGGACGAGAGACAGAAGAAAGGACAGUUGUUUUUGGCACUAUAGGGUACAUAGCUGUUUCCUAGCAGAAAGAAGAAAGAAAUAGAAAGGAGACACUGCAGCACUAUUCACAUAGACAUCAGGUACACCAUAUCAACUCAGGAUGCAGCCUAAAUAAUGAUUUUCACAUGGCUAUAAAUUACAUCAUAGUUACUGUCCUCCUAGUGAAGUGUGAUAUCUGUAAUAAGCUGUAAUUAACCCUAGCAAUACCAACGUAUUUUCCGUCAUGCGUAUUACUGAAGGGGUGGGGGGUACUUUAUGCCUUCCCCCUCAAAAAAGCUUAGAAAGAAGAUCGUAAAAUGUUACACAAUUUUUAAAUACGUGCUAACGUGUAAGUACAUUUCAGAACUUGAAAAGUUAAUUUAGAACAAUAUUAGUAAUACACACGUGUUUUCCAAAACUAAGGACAGUAUUUUAUGACCAACAGGAAAAGAAAUAAAAAAUACAAUUUUCGUUAAUUCUCGUUGACUUUUGUUUACAAUACGCUUUUAAAUAUAAAUUGAUAUAUGAAAGCGUCCUGAACAUGAAAAUAUGAAUAUGAAUUUUGUUGUAAAUGGUAACACCCAAUGCUAAAACUUAAAUUUUCGGGUUAAGUUUUUCUGAAAAAUUUAAAACAAUUGCAGGAUGUGGUUGAAGAUAGUUUGAAAACAAUAACAAUUUUCCCAAAUUUUAAAGUAUCAGUUAGACGACCAGCUAAGAACAUUCUGAUAAGGUCGGCAUAAAAGGCUCCACAUUGGUAUUGCUAUGGUUAAUUCCUUCCUUCUACUGUUCACGCCUCUGGGCAAAUGAAAGCAACACUCGGAAUGGUACUUGACUGUAGUCUACAUUGUAGUUACGUGAUGCCGACGCUAUUGGGAAAACUGAACCAUGUGUACCUUGAAAACACAGGAAUCCCUACAUCAUUGCCAGAACCUGCAAUCUAAACGAAGAACUGAACGUCAUAAGAGACUCAGCAAAGUGUUUCCUUCGAACACACAUCCUUGCUGUGGGACUGAAAUCUUUUAAGUGACUGCAAACUGAGUUUACACAUUCUUGUGCAAAGUGUUGUUUGGUGGACCUUCAUAUCAAAAUGCUUUGUGGGGCAUGCCACAAUAGCUUACUCUUCCUGAAUGUUUGCGUGUAAGUGUUCAUACAUUUCCAGAUAAAGACUGAAAUUGAUAACUGGGAAAUACGAGUGGCUUGUGAUAAUUGUAAAUUGACUAGAAUAAACAUAGUUGUCAUCA